AAUAUGCUUACUUUAUUAAAACCAAUUGAAGCUGUAACAAAAUUACUUUCAGCAUUAUCUUACCCAACCAUAGAAUAUUGGGCCAUAAUAGAUGAACCUUCUGUUGUAUCAGCUGUUUUUGAUCCUCAUACAAAAUUUCAAAUAUUUAAUAAAGAAAAAGCUACUAUCACCAAGAAAAUAGUUCAAAAAAUUAUGAGCCAAUAUAUAUAUGAAUAUUAA